UUCGUUGUCCGUCCCUCGAGUCACAGUUGUCGACAAGCCCUAGCUCCGGACGGAAGUGCAGAGCGCUAUGGUUCCGAGGGGCGCUUUCCUGUUGCUGGUGGUGUCGGCGCUUUGGCUGAGUGGGUGUGUUCGCCCAGCGGCUUCGGAAGGAUCGGAGGUUGCUACGCACGAAACAUGCAUCUGCGUUCCAAAGGGGUCAUGCAGCCAGCCUGUCUCCAACGCUACUUGUGACAAUGAUGAACAUAUUUGCUGCAGGGAAGAUUCGGCUGGUCAUCGGAUAAAAAGGGACAGUCAAGUAAAACCGCAGAGAAAAGCAGGAGAAAAGGAACCGGAAGAGAAGGAACGCGAAAGUAAGCCCUCUGGAAGGAGGACAAAUAAACGCACAAAAAAAGCGAAGCAAAAUGACUCUACGACUCGGACUCAAGCCGGUGGCCACGGAAAGCGGAAGUUAGGCAAACAACAGCAAGAUAAACCGAACGGCAAAUCUGAAGAAAAGAAACCUAAAAGUAACGGAAGCGGAAGGAAACCCUCUCGAAGAACUAAUAAGGAAUCUGCAAUAAAAAACAGGCAAAAUAAACCUACAAAAGGGAUUCUAACGAAAGGCUCCCUGAAAUGUACGAAGGAGUAUGGGAGAUGUAAGUCCAAAUGUCGCGGUGAUAUUGAUGAAGAAAGAGCGUGUCCCAACGGCAAAGUGUGCUGUAGAAAGCAAAGACCUCGGAACCAAGCUAUAGUUAAGCAAGAAGACAAUGCCUGCACAGCAGCAGGAGGAGCUUGCAGGAGACCUAACAAAGAGUGCAAAGAGCCUCUUUCCUUCGAAUGUCCAAACAAAGAUAGAAUCUGCUGCAAGAGAACCACAAAGAACAAUUGCAAAUCGAAUGGCUUCAAAUGUGUAAAAAAUUGUAGAGGAACGACCAAGCAAGUCAAUGGUUGUAAGCAAGGAAGAGUCUGCUGCAAACAAGCAGAAGAAAUGACCUGCAAACAAAUGGGCGGAAACUGUAAAGAAGAAGCAAAAUGCAAAAAUGAAGUCCUAAAUCCCGACAAGAAAUGCAAAGAUGGAAAGGUUUGUUGCAAAAAAGGAAAUAAUUGCCAAGACCUAGGAGCUAAAUGUCGAAGGGAAGCUAAAUGCAACGGGAAAAUAUUGACUCCCUCUGUACCAUGCAAGAAUGGUAGAGUCUGCUGUGAAAAGGGAAAUACAUGCAAGGAUCUAAAAGGUACAUGUCGAGAGGAAGCCAAAUGCGACGGGAAAAUAUUGACUCCCUCUAUACCAUGUAAGGAUGGUAAAGCCUGUUGUGAAAGGGGAAAUAAAUGCAAAGAUCUAAAAGGUACAUGUCGAGAGGAAGCCAAAUGCGACGGGAAAAUAUUGACUCCCUCUAUACCAUGUAAGGAUGGUAAAGCCUGUUGUGAAAAGGGAAAUAAAUGCAAAGAUCUAAAAGGUACAUGUCGAGAGGAAGCCAAAUGCGACGGGAAAAUAUUGACUCCCUCUAUACCAUGUAAGGAUGGUAAAGCCUGUUGUGAAAGGGGAAAUAAAUGCAAAGAUCUAAAAGGAACAUGUCGAGAGGAAGCCAAAUGCGACGGGAAAAUAUUGACUCCCUCUAUACCAUGUAAGGAUGGUAAAGCCUGUUGUGAAAAGGGAAAUAAAUGCAAAGAUCUAAAAGGUACAUGUCGAGAGGAAGCCAAAUGCGACGGGAAAAUAUUGACUCCCUCUAUACCAUGUAAGGAUGGUAAAGCCUGUUGUGAAAAGGGAAAUAAAUGCAAAGAUCUAAAAGGUACAUGUCGAGAGGAAGCCAAAUGCAGCGGGAAAAUAUUGACUCCCUCUAUACCAUGUGAGGAUGGUAAAGCCUGUUGUGAAAAGGAAACAACUUGUAAAUCAAUGAACGGACUGUGUAAACAGGAAGCGGAAUGUGAAAGCAAAGUGUUAAACCCCAACAAGAAGUGCAAAGACGGUAAGGUAUGCUGCUUAAUCCGCACCUGUAGCGACAGAGGAGGGACGUGUAAGAAAGAAGGAAAGUGCAACGGCAGAAUCGUCACGGUGAAGAAGCCAUGCAAAGAACCCAAAGUCUGUUGUUUAGAGCAAAAUAACCCAAGUACCACGAUCACCCCGACACUUGGACCACAACCACAGUCUUCUGAAGCGCAACCGCAAACCACGUCUGGGACGCAGUCACAAACCACCGCUGGAACGCAGCCACAAACCACCCCUGGACCGCAACCACAAACCACCCCUGGACCGCAACCACAAACGACCCCUGGACCGCAACCACAAACCACCCCUGGACCGCAACCACAAACCUCUCCUGGUCCGCAACCACAAACCACCCCUGGACCACAACCACAAACUACCCCUGGACCGCAACCACAAACCUCUCCUGGUCCGCAACCACAAACCACCCCUGGACCGCAACCACAAACCUCCCCUGGACCGCAACCACAAACUACCCCUGGACUGCAACCACAAACCACCCCUGGAACGCAACCACAAACUACCCCUGGACCGCAACCACAAACCUCUCCUGGUUCACAACCACAAAACACCCCUGGACCGCAACCACAAACCACCCCUAGACCGCAACCACAAACCACCCCUGGACCGCAACCACAAACCACCCCUGGACCGCAACCACAAACCUCUCCUGGUCCACAACCACAAACCACCCCUGGACCGCAACCACAAACCACCCUGGACCCAACCACAAACCACCCCUGGACCGCAACCACAAACCACCCCUGGACCGCAACCACAAACUACCCUGGACCGCAACCACAAACCUCUCCUGGUCCGCAACCACAAACCACCCUGGACCGCAGCCGCAAACCUCUCCUGGACUGCAACCACAAACCACCCUGGACCACAACCACAAACCACCCCUGGACCGCAACCACAACUGAUGUCACCACAACUGAUGUCACCACAAUUGAUGCCACCACAACUGAUGUCACCACAACUGAUGCCACCACAACUGAUGUCGCCACAACUGAUGUCGCCACAACUGAUGCCGCCACAACUGAUGCCGCCACAACUGAUGCGACCACAACUGAUGCUACCACAACUGAUGCCACCACAACUGAUGUCACCACAACUGAUGCCACCACAACUGAUGUCACCACAACUGAUGUCACCACAACUGAUGUCACCACAACUGAUGUCACCACAACUGAUGUCACCACAACUGAUGUCACCACAACUGAUGCCACUACAACUGAUGCCACUACAACUGAUGUCACCACAACUGAUGCCACCACAACUGAUGCCACCACAACUGAUGCCACCACAACUGAUGCCACCACAACCGAUGCCACCACAACCGACGCCACCACAACCGAUGCCACCACAACCGAUGCCACCACAACCGAUGCCACCACAACCGAUGCCACCACAACCGAUGCCACCACAACCGAUGCCACCACAACCGAUGCCACCACAACUGAUGCCACCACAACUGAUGCCACCACAACUGAUGCCACUACAACUGAUGCCACCACAACUGAUGCCACCACAACUGAUGCCACCACAACUGAUGUCACCACAACUGAUGCCACCACAACUGAUGCCACCACAACUGAUGCCACCACAACUGAUACAACUGAUGCCACUACAACUGAUGCCACCACAACUGAUGCCACCACAACUGAUGUUACCACAACUGAUGCCACCACAACUGAUGUCACCACAACUGAUGUCACCACAACUGAUGCCACUACAACUGAUGCCACUACAACUGAUGCCACUACAACUGAUGCCACCACAACUGAUGUCACCACAACUGAUGCCACCACAACUGAUGCCACCACAACUGAUGCCACCACAACUGAUGCCACCACAACUGAUGCCACGACAACUGAUACCACCACAACUGAUGCCACUACGACUGAUGUCACGACAACUGAUGUCACUACGGCUGAUGGCACUACUACUGAUGUAACUACAAAUGAUGCCACUACAACUGAUGUCACCACAACAGAUGUCACUACGGCUGAUGCCACUACAACUGAUGCCACUACAACUGAUGCCACCACAACUGAUGCCACUACAACUGAUGCCACUACAACUGAUGCCACUACAACUGAUGCCACUACAACUGAUGCCACCACAACUGAUGCCACUACAACUGAUGCCACCACAACUGAUGCCACUACAACUGAUGUCACCACAACAGAUGUCACUACAACUGAUGUCACCACAACAGAUGUCACUACGGCUGAUGCCACUACUACUGAUGUAACUACAAAUGAUGCCACUACAACUGAUGUCACCAUAACAGAUGUCACUGCGACUGAUGUCACCACAACAGAUGUCACUACGGCUGAUGCCACUACAACUGAUGUAACUACAAAUGAUGCCACUACUACUGAUGUCACUACAACUGAUGUCACCACAACUGAUGUCACUACGACUGAUGUCACCACAACAGAUGUCACUACGGCUGAUGCCACUACAACUGAUGUAACUACAAAUGAUGUCACCACAACUGAUGUCACUACAACUGAUGCAACCACAACUGAUGCAACUACAAAUGAUGUCACCACAACCGAUGCCACUACAACGGAUGUCACCACAACCGAUGCCACUACAACUGAUGCAACUACAAAUGAUGUCACCACAACCGAUGCCACUACAACGGAUGUCACCACAACCGAUGCCACUACAACUGAUGCAACUACAAAUGAUGCCACCACAAUCGAUGCCACUACAACUGAUGUCACCACAACCGAUGCCACCACAACUGAUGCCACCACAGGUGAUGCAACUACAGCAGAUUCUACAACCACGGGCUCCACAUCUGAAUCAACCACAAGCGGCUCUGCUACCACCGGCUCCACAGCCUCCGGCCCCAGCACCACACCGUCUCAGGACCGAAUCGACGCCGAAGACUUGCUCACCAGGUUCAUCCAGCUUCUCAGCGACCUCGAAGCCCCUGUCAACGACGAAAACGCCCCACUGAUAGACGACGGCACCGUCAGCGUCACCAGCUUCAUCGCCGACUUCGACGACCUGAUCGAUCUGAUUGCGCAGACGGGGAAGAGGCUCACGGUCGGAACCAAAGCGAUUCUGCCGCAAGCUCGAGGCAACACACAGCAGCUGCUGGACAGGAUCAGAAACGUCCGCAUAGCUAUCCGAGAGGAGGUUGAACAGCUGAAUCCAUUAGCUGAAAGUACACUUACCCUGCCCACACUGGCACCUUAAAGGAUAAAAUAUAGCGACAAUAUAUGUAUAUAUAUACAUAUAUUGUAUGUUUGCGUAAAUCAGACUGAAUACUACGAUAUUCACGAAAUGAUAUGCUGGCAUUCAUUAUGAUUACUUAAUAAUUACUUAUUCUUUUUUUUUUUAAUGCCACGUAAUUACUGAGCUUAUUUUUGUCAACACAUUGUGAUCCCACUAACUUGUCAAGACAAGAUCAAAUGUAACGUCAAAGCCGAAGAACUACUGUGUUUGCUGCAGAUCAGACUUGCAUCUGACAUGAAAUAAAAAUAUGAAAUUAUA